CUCGUCAACAACUCCCAAGCCAGAACAUCUGCCAGCGCUCAAGUGAAGGAAAGAACACGGAUCAUCAUGGAGCAGACGUCUCAACAGACCGUGACUCAGGUGGCCACACGAAGCGCGCGCCAGCCGUUCCCCAUACACGACUUGCCCAACGAGCUCAUCAAUCAUAUACUGACGCUCUCAGUCCCCUCGGAACUCGUUGAUCCCAAGCCCGGCUCAGUUGGCAGGGCAUACAGUGAUCUUCGUGCUUUUCUGAUACAAUGUGGCGUCCUCGACUAUCCUACACUCCUCAGCCAUGUCUGCUCGAAGUGGCGUGAUCUCAUACGCGCAAACCCCACCGUCUGGUCCUAUAUUCUCGUAUCCGCCACAGGCUGGCUUGAAAUGCGGCCAGAGGACUACGAGCGGCCACUCGCUCUAUCUGGCGAUGAACCUCUGACUUUGAACGUCGAUAUCCGGGUAGCGUCUAUAACCGACCUUCUCUCGUCUCCGCCCUUUUCGAAGCAUAUCCACCGUAUACGCACGCUUUGCAUCGACAUCUGUCCGGGUGGCGGCGCGAAGCCACUAUUCCCCAUAAUCGAAAAGCUGGCGACGCCAUCGUUGGAGAUUCUACGCAUCUUCAACUUGUCGAAUAUGCAUGAUUGCUCGCCCUGGAGAUUCGACGAAGGCCACCAGCAAAGGGUCAUUCUGCACAACGCACCUCGUCUCAAGCAGUUGUCCUUGCAUGGAUCGUGGGCCUGUGCUGAUCUCACGGAGCGCGAUCAGGCCCGGGACGCCUUCCCUUUUGGCAACCUGGGAGCUAAGGCAUGGCACGGCAUUGACUGGUCGCGCUUGACCGUGCUGCGUCUGCCAGAUAUAAGUCGCUGGGCACACGACCUACUUAUCCUCGUCGCGUCGGCACCUCAGCUGCGAGCUCUCCAGUGCACGGUGCUCGGCGAGCCGGAGGAUCUCGUAGAGAACGAUCCUGAGCUUCAACAUCACUGGCGCGACUCCGAAGAGGGCGAGGACGAAGAAGAGCCGACGGAGGAAGAACGUCGGGAAGCAGCAGCGCAAGCACUCCAUGGACUUACGCGUCCCCAAAGCAGAGCGGACUUCAUGCGGAAGCGACGAACCAUCAUGGGCCCUCACGUCCUAGCUUACCUCAGCGAACUGAACAUAUCGGUUCACCACAGCGACCGUGGACCGAGUGCCUUCAGCGACAUAACUGACCAACGCUCCGGGUUGGCAAAAUUCCUCGGAGGGCUCAUCACUCCUGCUUUGGCAAGCCUCACCGUCACCGCUUUGAAGGGCUUGGCGGUAGAGAUUGUACACCACUCGGUUUUCAAUGACCACCACUCGGACGGCUACGACUCUGGAAGCUACCACUCAAACGGCUACCACUCUGACGGCUACGAGUCGGAGGACCACGCUUUGGAUGGCUAUGGCCCGGACUGCUUCGGCUCGGACGACGCGUCGGGCACAGAGACAGACGCGCAAGAGGGCGGGGCCGUAAACUUUCUACUCCGGCCGCAUCUCGCUGCUUUGAUCGAGCGCUCCCAGUGCACCAUUCGCCACCUGUCGCUUACCGAGGUUUUCGUCUCUCUCCAAGAGCUGUUCUCCCUCAUCGAGCUUUGCCACGAACUGCGCUCGCUGCACCUCUGCAACCCUCUGCGCGAGAUGGGAAGCAGCCUCAUCCGUGGCUUCGCUACGCGCACAGAUCAGGACGGUCGCCUCCUCGCCCCCAAGCUCCAACGCCUCGUUAUCAAGAGCGUCUGCCAGAUCUGGGGACCACGCUUUCCUGUCAGUGCCGUUCUCGACAUGAUCGAUGUGCGGUGGCCUCCGGGAUCAAGCGACACUCCGGUGUAUGUGGAGGUUGUUCACAGCCCGAAGGGCGAGUACGAGAAGGGGACGCCGAGAAGCGCCGUGCAGGAGCGAAUGCACAGGAGGCUAGUGAAUAUGCAAGCGCGCAAAGACUUACAGCUGGUGAUCGGGAAACCGCAGGGUGUGGGUAUGCAUCUUUGGUUCGGGAGAGCUUGGGACAAUGUUUGAGGAUAUGCUUUUCCUAUGUAGUCAAUGUGAGGGUGUUCUACCUAUAAACCCUCUUAUUCCGCGGGACGGCCGCAGCGCGAAGGUCGAUAUGGUCACCCUAGCUAAUAUACAACAUCGGUAUUCCGGAUACGUAUCGGAACCUGACCACAAUAGUGCUACUCAGAAACUAUAG